AUGGCUCAGGAUCACCUUGAAGAAUACGUCUGUGUCACACGCGAGAUCAACGCCCCUAUCGCCGGGGUUUGGGGCAUGAUUGCUGGCUUUGGGGCCGAGAAAGCAUGGUACCCGGGUUGCCUUAGUCUCUCUGUUGAAGGCUUUGACAUCGGCAGCAUUCGCACUUUUGAAUACGAGUAUCCUGAAGGAGAGCAUAAGGGAGAGCGCUAUACAUUCUCAGAGGAGAUGACCGAAGUUGACGCGGCGAACCACUCUAUGACGUUCAGAGUGCGCAGGCCUGACUAUCCUGAUGUGAUCGCCUAUGGAACUACGGUUCUGGAUUCUUUGGGACCCAACAAGAUGCAAUUCCGCUGGCUUGCGAAUGGCAGCCCAUUGCCCGAUGCGUACAUGGCAAAUCUUCGAAAAGAUCUCGCCUUUCGAUUCAACCAACUUAUUGAUGUUAUUGCUGCUGUAGUAGAGUCAAAGUGA